AAUCAUCAGCCUCAGUCCAGUUCGGAGAAGUAGACUAUCAUUUCUAAGUAAAAUCGGUUACAUUGUUCUAAUCAUCAUCUCCGUCCAACUUCAAGAAAAAGAUAAACUCUAAAUCAACAAAGAAAGAAACCAAUCGAAAGAAUAUCAAUGUCCAAUUUCGUCCUGCUUUUUCUCUCGGUCCUGGGACCAAAACUACCAGUCGCCCAUGCCUUCCCAAGUCUACAAUGGCCAUGGUCGGAACGUGAUCUUACGGUAGGUUUUUGGGGCAUUUGGCCUUUGGCUGGGUCUCGUCAAGAACGCCUCAAGGCCUAUGACGAUUGGAAACGACGUAGACAGGUGAGGCCAGCUGAUGUGUAUCCAAAUGGCGGUGACGACCCUGGAGUACAAGAGGAAUCCACUCCAAAUAAAGCAGAAGUUGAAGUUUUACAACAGGGAGCACCAGGCCACAAAAAUGUCCGAGAAGACAGCACCUCUUCCUCUUUCGCCGAAGCUAUCGGCACAGACAACCACAGAAGCAACAUCCCUCCUCCCGACCCCUCAGAUCUUUCACCAAUCGUCUUUGUCCACGGCAUGGUCGGCGCUGAGAUUCGUGUAAAAUUGGACAAACGCAAAAGCCCACCACAUUUUUAUUGUACGAAGAAUGCCGAAGACUACCUAGUCUGGUUUGAUCCAUCGCAGAACAUGUUGCCCUUCGAAUUCGAAUGCUGGGCAGACACUGCGAAGUUACACUGGAAAUUGAGGGGAGACGAGGGUGGUAGUGAAGACGCUGACGGCAUGAAAAAGAAAACUGCUGUUAUGAAGGAAGAGAUAGAUCUAGAGAGGACAAAGAAUAGUUUCUUUUUGCUACUUAAUAUGGAAGGAAAAAACGAACUCAGGCGCAAAAGUUUAAGUUUUCGCACAACGGUGGGCGACCUAAGAAAGUGCCUAGCGACUUAGAACAGGCCGGCGAAGCUUUUGCAAAGGCUAAGAAGGUGCCAGAUGGUAGAGAUGGCGCCUGCGGCCCCAACUGCCAGCGCUUGAAGUAUUGGAUCAGACUCCCUGUCUGAACUCGCAAAUGCGUUCUUGCAGUUCCUCGCACAGGGAUAGAUCUAGAGAGGACAAAGAGUAGGCUCUUUUUGCUACUCACAUAACCACGAAGAAGAAAGGCUUUCUUGUCGCUGUUCCUCCUCUUCUGCUAUAUGGACUUUCGUCGCCGCUACGCGAACAAGCAUCCUUCUAACCCAUUUCCCGACUCCGCAGAUGAGGAGUUAGGCUUUUACUACUCAAUUCCAGACGUGCAGAGACCGCUACCCCCAAUCGCCAAUGUGACUACUGGCGAAGAGUUUCCUCCUCUCUUUGCUGGAGCAUCGCCUACUCAGGCCUACAACUGGGUAUUGUGGGGGAAUUUAACGAGCCAGAUGAACUUUAAGGCAACUGUGACAAUAACCUCACUUCACGACUCAGAUUCUAAGUCAGAGAAGAUGAGUUCUCUAGUUCAGCUAAGUGGUCGUGAUCCUUCCAGGAGAUACGACGUAAAAACAACUGCAGUAGACUGUCUAUUUAGUUCAAUGGUUGAAUGUCUAAAAACCAUACCAACAAAUUGGGUGGACUGGUAGCUUACGAUUGGCGCAAGGGCUACCACGAGCAUGCAGCAGACGGAACUUUCGAGAAAACGAAAAGAACUAUCGACUUCUACUACGAUCGCUACAAACCGAAGAAAAUUGUACUGAACUCCGUAAGCAUGGGGGCAACUUACAUUUACGGCUAGUCGUGCGGGUUAGCGUUAGUCGUACUCCUUCUUGGUGGAAUCAACAUCAGAAGUGCAUUCAGAUGUCUAUUUGUCUCAAGAAGUCUGCUACAGCGCAUCUCUCGAAAACAUGUUAUGGUUUUUCAAGUGGAUUGAGGAAACAAUGGGAAAGGGUGCUGGGCGCGAGUGGAAAAGCUCUAGAGUCGAGGUGUGGAUCAGUUGGUCCGGAGUAUUUGCUGGCGCGCCGGAGAUGGUUUCUGAGUUAAGUUUUUCUUUUACUGGACAGUGAACAAUCAACACAAUGAUCACUUGUAUAAUCCGUUCCAGUUACAAAUACAAAAAUUCGUAACUUUGAAGAUCCUUAGAGAAAGAUUGGGACUCUUUAACCGCCUUUACGACCACGACGAUUUAUUGGCCAUAUUAAACAAAGACGCCAUCAUCAGUAGACACUGCACUCUUCUAACGGACGCAAUCAUGCCAACAGAUCGCGAUACGUAUGGAGUUACGACAAAAUUUCCGUUUUCCAUGUACAUCACGAAAACGAAGAUCCGAGACAUCGUGGGUACUUGGGCUGGGCCAUUAGCCAUGUUUCCCCAGACCUUGGACGAUCACGAUGUGCUGUGGGCGCCUGUCGAUGUCGACAAACCUGGUGAUGAAGGUGUCGUGGGAGAGGGAGACGAGAGCUUCAUGGGAGUGGUGGAGCAGAGGAGAAUGAUAAUGAAGUUAUGUUUUCAAUUUCAUAGAAGUUGUGACUCUUCUUGAGUCUGAAUCAGAAUCUGAUGGAGUAAUCGCUGCAGUAUGAUUCUUGAUGGCACUUGGUUUUUAAGUCACGCUCCUUUCUGGUUAGAAAAUGAAUCUGAAGCAAUGGGGAUUAGCGGAAUCGAUGACGAAGAUGUAAUCUGGAUCCGCUUGAGUACUUAUCUCUAAUUUCUACAAAGAACAGCACUACCGCGCCCCCUGAUGGGCAGCAAGGCAAGAAAAAGGUCGUCUCGUAUAAGGGAGCGCAGCUCGUAAAGGCUCUGAAAACCGCUGGACGAGAUGUCACUGCAGCAAUCGUCGAUCGAAUGCCAGACCUGCGCGAUUCCAAUGCUGUGCCUGGUGUGAAUAUUGAUUAUGAUGAACAGGCUUUCUUUCCCAUACCCACCUUAUCAACAAUAUUGAGAUUCAUUCCGAAAAAGCCGAACGGGGCUGGAACAGGGAGCACAACCGCAGCCGCAAGGCCGGGGGCUCCUGCCGUUCUUCAUGGCCCCACGUGGAGCCCCUAGCCGGUGACGCGCUCCAUCGAAGAGGCCACCUGUGAGGCCUUGCCGCCUGCUUCUCGAGACUUGCCCGCAAGCGCCCGCACCCCGCGAGCAAAGGGCGCCACGCAUGCCCACGGCGGACGCGGUUCCAGUACAAUCAAGGCAAGCCAGCGGCUGGCACUUACGUGCCCUAUUCGACCCGGGCGCGUGGAAGUCGAUGGGCCUGAUGCAAUCGAAGGCCUUGGCCUUUGGUCGAAUCGCAAACAUUCAACGCUUGGCAGGGUUUGCCGUCUCUUCUUGUACGCAGUGGGAGGCGUUCGCGCUGGGGCUUGCUGGCUUCGUCUCAUCUCAUGUGGGCAAAGAAAGUGGCGGCCGCUCGCGCUUCUAUGGCGGCAGCGGCGUCCCCACCAUUCCCACGGGGGGCGAAAGAGAGACACCUCGUGACGCGCGGAAUAACCUGCACACCAGACCGAAAACAAGGCCGACGGUCACGGCGUGCGCUGCGACUAUGCAGAGGGUGGGCCUUCCCCAGCGAAUGGACAGCCAACCGGGCCAGACUGCGAAAGCCCGGGCUGCCCUCUUCGUUUUUUCACCAGACAGAGCAACGUCGCCCGAUCUUUCCCCGUCGCAGAUCAUUACUGGCGCAACAGAAUCCAACACAGAGCGGGCAAAAGCCUUGGCGGCUUUAUCGCUGUUGGCAGGUUCUGCGGUCGUGCUGCUUUCUGGGGUGUUUCUUCGAUCCACGUCGGGCGGUGUCUUUUCUUUGGCCGUAUAUUGCGGCGGCAUGCGUGCUGGCUGGUGUGCCUCGCUAAUGAUCUCCACGGACGGGCUGACCACGCCUGAAGUUGUGCGCUCCCCACCAAGCGCGUGCCGGAGCCCGGGAGGAUGGAUGGAGAAGCAGCGAGACCGGGAAGCGGGUGGAUUUGACGUAGCACCAACAGAAAAGGAGUACAGCGAACUUACUGCGAUUGCUUUGCCGCCGUUUCCGAAAGGUGUCAGAGAACGCCAGACAGUAGCACGCGGCAUCUCUUACACGCCCGACAGGAAGAGAGGGAAGGGGAGCAGGCGGGCAGUCAGGACUCGCAGGCUAGCUUAUCCCCCCGGGUGGACGGCUGACCCAGAAGCGGCGCCACCUCUAACGCCACCGGGUCGGCCUAUUGAGAAAAUGGAGAAUAAGGAUAAGGUCUCGCCCCUGGUAAAGGACGGCGAACCCAUUGGGAUGGCAGAACAUGUCUGGGCUGCGUUCCAUGUUUUGACUCGGUUCGACGUCCUCAAGAACGUCGCGCGCGCCGUGAGUUUCUCAUCGAUCAAUCUCGCUGAGAGGUCUCCAGGGUUUCCAGUGAGGCACGCCGAUGAGUCAGAUCCAUAAACGACGGCCCUCAACGCUUUCGGCACAGCCGCAGCCCGCUCUUCUGGCCGUCAAGUAUGUAAGUACGCUCCCACGAUGAAACUCUAACAUCCAUGCAUGUAUGGCGUCAACGUUGAAACUGGAGUAGGCUGGGUGUAUGGAAAUGGAUUCGCGAAACCUCCUACGGAAACUGUGAUGGAAAAUGUUGCGGACUAUCAACUUAUGGGAGUAGCUGUGUCUACGACGUGAUUUCGUGCUAGAGAGUGUUUCUGACUGUACACUCAGCUUUGCUGAUCCGUUUCCCGACAGAUACGCACAGGACAGGAAUAACAUGGCAAUGAUUUUUUGAACAAGUCCUAUAUUAGAAUUGAUGUUAUUGUUACUGCCGUAAUAAAGUAAUUUCCCCGACUUCUACUUCUCGUCCCAUCCUCUCAUUUCAACCUCUACCAAGACCAAGAACCACCACGAACAAAACAGCAAGAAGAGCGUACACAAAGAUCAUCCUCAUUACGACACGACUAUCAUCGAUCCGGCAGUACAACCUCAUUCUGGAGAUGGUAUUGUGAAUCUUAGGUCUCUGGAUUAUUGUACUCAGUAUCCGAAGUACGAUCCCGAGCAUUACGUCCACGUAUCCCAGUACAACGGCGUCGGACAUACUGGAAUGUGCGGGUUAAGGCAAAUUUUCACCAUUUCAGAUUUUUUUGUAGAAGAGGAUGAGAUUUGGAUGUUGGUGGAUGUAAAAUUGUUUUUACCAUCAACAAAACAACUUUAGAUCCACGUCUACUACCGAGAACCGAAUGGAGUGGUUGACCCUCUUUGAAGCUGAGAUGUCUGAUCCUCUAAUCCACGAGCCUGCGGCAAUGAAGAAAAGUCUCGACAUUAUACGCCAGGUUGCGGAGAAAAAUAGAAAGAUGAGGCUGGACAAUGAAGGCGGAGGUGCUGGAGGAAGGCAAGUGAAGAAGUCUGAAGCGUCUACGAAGACAGGGGUCCCCGAAGGACGUAGUAAGGGACCACAUCAACAAGUACAAGAGGCUAUCUUUGUGUGAAAAGUAACCCUCAGUCAAUUUUUCACUGAUUACUGCUACAGGUGGUGUUUCAAAUAUCAUGUGGUCUAGAUGUACUUGUUACUCUAGUUCUUGCAUUACUCGCCCUCUGUGCAUCAGGGCAGGAGAUAUUAUUUUCUUACUCAUCAUGACAGAGACUGCACAAUUAAAACCGCCGAUUAUCAGACCACCAAUUAAAUACAUCAAGAUUGUUAUAUAUAUAUAACUUCAUUUUCCUUGAGUGGUACUGGUUGGUGCACAACAUGUUGUUGGUGCUAUACUUACAAUUCUGUAUCCAUUUUGAUCAUAUCAUCAGCGUAGUCGGAUACUUAAUCUCGUCCAAUAAAUGCUAAUGAAUUUUUGUCAUAGAAGAAUUUUUGUCAAUGUUCAUGUUUCUCUUUCUCGAAAUCCUAAUAGCACUCCCAAUCUCGACCUGGAUCCAAAUGGUGAUGCUAAGCACUGUCGAAUUGAAGAGUAAUAGUACACCGGUUGGAUGUUUCUACAAGACAUCAACGAUGUAGCACUAAAACAUGUUCACGUCACAUCAUACAGGCAAGCGCAGUUCGCGCUACAGUAAGGAAUCACUCUCGACAUGUUGAUGAAGAAGAACAAGAUGAGCACAGUCAUACUCACAGCUACAUGCGAUAAACACAGUCACAGCUACAUGCGGAAAAUAACAAUCAACAACCACAGUAUGGUCACGUCUCGGUGCUCAGUC